AUGAUCGUCGAUGAACCAACUCCAAACAAUAUCCAUUGUUACGGUUACCGUGGAAACUAUGUGACGACAGCAAGCGAUAUCCCAAACAUUAGGCUCAUCGUGCCAGGGAGUGGUGCUCUGCCCGUUUUGAUCGCAGAUAUCAAAGUGAAGACCUGCUGGCUGGUCAUGAAAAACCCGCGUAAAAUGUGGGUCUUCAGUUGGACUCUGGGGCUUUUUAGUUCCUUCUUUAUUCUACCUGUACGAGGGAACACGUGUAGUGCCAUGGUCCAGGCUGCACCCGGCGAUGAUCUGACCGCACUUCGUAACAAGGCUUUCGCGUCUUUCAGAGCCCAGUGCCGUGGUAAACGAGGUGACGUUUCUUGCUCUGUGGAGGGACCUCUCGGGAUGGAAGAUGGUCGCAUACCGGAUGAACGCAUCACAGCUUCGUCUUUUUAUCAAAACCGCGCUAGCCACGCCCCACCCAGGGCCAGACUGAAUAUUCAAGGAUACGCUGCAGGGUGGCGUAACGAUGACAGCACUGGUAAUAUCAGUCCAUGGAUACAGGUUGACUUCGUUGGCACAGUCACCAUCACUGGUCUGAUCACCCAGGGGCGCGCAGAUAACAACCAAAGGGUGACGGAGUACCGAGUGACGUACAGCGAGGACGGUCAGUCCUGGCAUUACGUGACUGAUGCAGACGGCACACCAAUGAAGUUCCCUGGUAACAAGGACAGGAACACCCUGGUAACUACGCUGUAG